AAUCGACUAUUUUUAUAAACAAAAUUCUAAAAAAAAAAAUGGGUAAAACUUCCAAAGAUAAACGUGAUAUAUAUUAUCGUUUAGCCAAAGAAGAAGGUUGGCGUGCACGUAGUGCUUUUAAACUGCUUCAAAUUGAUGAGAAAUUCCAUAUAUUAAAAGGAGUAACACGCGCCGUUGAUUUGUGUGCCGCUCCUGGUAGUUGGUCACAGGUAUUGUCAAAACGUUUGUACGAAAAUCGCAACGAUAAUGAAGAGGUCAAGAUUAUUGCCGUAGAUCUUCAAGCUAUGGCCCCCUUAAAUGGAGUCAUACAACUGCAAGGUGACAUUACUAAACUAAGUACGGCACAGUCAAUCAUUGAGCAUUUUGGUGGUGAAGAUCAAAAGGCCCAAUUGGUUAUAUGUGAUGGUGCACCGGAUGUUACCGGUCUUCAUGAUAUUGAUGAAUACAUUCAAAGUCAACUGUUGCUAGCAGCUCUUAGCAUAACAACGCAUGUUCUAAUGCCGGGUGGUAAUUUUGUAGCAAAAAUUUUUAGAGGCAAAGAUACGAGCUUAUUGUACUCACAAUUGAGAAUCUUUUUUGAGAAGGUGUCGAUUGCUAAACCGGCUAGUUCAAGAAAUUCCAGCAUUGAAGCCUUUGUAGUAUGCCAAAAUUAUCGCUGUCCCGAAGGCUAUAUACCACAAAUGAUCAAUCCCAUGGUCGACGAUGUACAAGUUAUACAAAAUGCCACUGAAUCGAAAAUUAACAAAGAAUUGAUACCAUUUGUGGUGUGUGGGGAUUUAAGAGGAUUUGAUUCGGAUAUGUCUUAUAGUUUGAAUCUAAAUGAAGAUACUGAAUAUACCUAUCGUGAAGUCGUACAAAAGCCCAUAUCACCAGCUUACAAAGAGAUACUAGAAAAAUUAAAGAAUUGUUCCAUCAAACACUCAGCUAUAACAAUUCAACAUCAGCAAAUGGAUUCCCCUAGUAUUCCAGAAGAUCCUACCGUAUAUUAUUAAAAAAAAUUACUUACUAUCGACUUUGAUUUUAAUUUAAAUAAAAAAAAAACGACAAAAUUAACAACUUAUAAAACUAAAUGAAACAAUA